CCUCCUCCUCUUCAUCUUCCUCCUCCUCCUCCUCUUCCGACCAGUUCCUCCUCUUAUUUUCCUCCAUCAAGUCUUCCUCCUCCUCCUCCUCCUCUUCAUCUUCCUCCUCCUCCUCCUCUUCGUCAUGGCAGCUAAGGAGGACCCGGCUGUAACCAAUUUUAGGGAAUAUAUAAGAUGCAAGACAGUCCACCCCGACCCUGACUAUCGCACCUGUACGGAGUUUCUGAAGCGGCAGGGGAAAGAGCUGGGGGCCGAGGUGAAGGUUUACGAGAAGUUCCCUGGCAACCCUGUGGUCAUCUUUACCCUGCCAGGCACGGACCCCUCCCUGCCGGCCAUCCUCCUCAACUCCCAUACCGAUGUUGUACCAGUCUACCCUGAGCAUUGGAAGUACGACCCAUUCAGUGCCCACAAGGACGAGAAGGGGGACAUCUAUGGGCGGGGGACGCAGGACAUGAAGUGCGUGGGGAUGCAAUACGUGGAAGCUCUCAAGAGGCUGAAGAAAAAUGGGAACGGCAACUUUUUACGCACCAUACACCUGUCGUUUGUACCAGAUGAGGAGGUCAGUGGUAUACGUGGGAUGUGCUGGUUCAUAAAGAGUGAGGACUUCAAGGCACUCAAUGUGGGCUUCGCGAUGGACGAGGGAUAUGCCAACCCAGGGGAGGAGUGCUUCGUCUUCUAUGGGGACCGGUGCCCCUGGCACAUAUGGGUGUGCUGCCCAGGUCAACCAGGUCACGGGUCCCAAUUUCUGCCCAACACCGCUGGGGAGAAAUUACGGCGCGUGAUCGACCGUUUCCUGGCCUUCCGUGAUGCCGAGGAGCAGCGGCUGAAGGAUGACCCCACGCUGAGCCUCGGACACACCACCACCCUUAACCUGACCAUGCUGAAGGGCGGUGUGCAGUUCAAUGUGGUUCCGGCGGAGCUUUCGGUAGGGUUCGACGUCCGAGUUCCACCGACGCAGGAUUUUGAGGAACUGGAGGAGCGCUUCCGAGGCUGGUGCCAGGAGGUGGACGAGAGCGUGACCUUGGAGAUGGGGGAACAGACGAAGAUCCCACAGACCACUUGUGUUGAGGACGGGAAGAGCUCCUGGUGGGAUGCCUUCGCUGGGGCCUGCAAGAAGGAGAACAUCAAACUCAUCAAACAGAUCUUCCCGGCGGCCACAGACUCCAGGUACAUCCGACAGCAAGGCAUCCCUGCGCUCGGCUUCUCCCCAAUGAACCACACCCCACUGCUCCUUCACGACCACAAUGAGUUCCUGAACGAAAAUAUCUUCCUGCGUGGCAUUGAGAUUUACGCCACCAUCAUCCCAGCCCUCGCCAACCUCAAGGGAUAAAGAGGGGCAGACGAGGUGAUAGAGAGGGGUGUAGAUGGGCAGGGAGGUGUAGGAGAGAGGCGACUGGUAUGUGUGUGGUGUGUAGAGAGGUGGAUUAGGUGACGAGGGAAAGGAGGGAGCUAUGUAUCGUAGAAAGGAAAGCGAUUUUUUAGAGGUGCAGAUGAGGUGAUAGAGAGGGGGUGUAGAUAAGCAGGGAGGUGACUGGUGUGGGUAUGGGUGUAGAGAGGUGGAUUAGGUGACGAGGGGAGGGAGGGAGCUAUGUAUCGUAGAAAGGAAAGCGAUUUUUUAGAGGUGCAGAUGAGGUGAUAGAGAAGGGGUGUAGAUGGAUGGGGAAGCAUGGAAGAAGAGGCGAUGUGUGUGUGUGUGUGUGUGUGUAGAAGGGCGCAGGUGUCGAGGGAAGAGUUGGAGCAGAGUGUCGUCAAAUAAGAAAUCAAUUAAACCAGAUAUAUUAAUGGGCAUUUUUUCUGGUUAUAUUUGUGUUAGUUUGCUUAAUGACCUCUAAAGUUCUAUCCUUUGUUAUUGUUAUUACUGUUAUAUUUGAUUCAGUUUACUUAUUAACUCACCUGUGCACUUAGAUAUAGUUUUACCUUUGUGUUAAUGCUUGCGUUAGGUCUGUACAAGGUUAUAACAUUUGCAAAAACCUAACCUAACCUCCCCACAAUUUAUAUUAACUAACUUACCCUUAUAAAUAGAUAUCUUUUUAUUUUAUAUGUUCCACCUUUCUCACAUAUUUCCAUUGGUCUGUACAAGGUCAUAACAAUUGCUCAAACCUAACCUAACCUCCCCACAAUUUCUAUUAACUAACUUACCCUUACAAAUCGAUAUCUUUUUAUUUUAUAUGUUCUCCCUUUCUCACAUAUUUCCAUUGGUCUGUACAAGGUCAUAACAAUUGCUCAAACCUAACCUAACCUUCCCACAGCUUCUACAUAAUAACUUACCCUUUCAGUUAGAUAUCUCAUUGUUUCUUACGUUCUAACUUGCUGUCUUAUUUUGGUUGGUCUGUACAAGGUCAUUACAAUUGCUCAAACCUAACCUAACCUCCCCACAAUUUAUAUUUACUAACGUACCCUUACAGUUAGAUAUCUCAUUGUUUCUUACGUUCUAACUUGCUGUCUUAUUUUGGUUGGUCUGUACAAGGUCAUUACAAUUGCUCAAACCCAAACUAACCUUCACAGUGCAUUAAACCAUUUCCGCCUUUGUAUGGAGUGACGGUGGAGAGUUUUAUACAUGCAAACAUCCAUAUUCUUACCAAUGACAGAAGGUGGUGGUGGUGGAGUUAAUAGUUAUACCCCAAUUUUCAUAUAAGAGGACCAAUUAGAGAAACAUUAAAGGAAGUGAUUGGAGAACUUAGAAGCCAAAAUUGCCCUUUACAAACACUGGUGGAUUAAUGUCGAAAAGAGAGUUUGGAGGUUAUUAAAUUAAGGAAAAUCCA